GUCAGUCCCCCGGGCGGCAGGGCGGCCGGCCGGGGCAGCACUGUCCGCCUGCGUGCCCGACGUGUGCGCGCCCAACGCCAACACGCAUCUGCUCACCGCCCGGGACUACUUCCGACACGCGCCGCCAUGGGGUAUGUACAGCACAGUCAGUCCCCCGCGCAGCACUGUCCGCCUGCGUGCCCGACGUGUGCGCGCCCAACGCCAACACGCAUCUGCUCACCGCCCGGGACUACUUCCGACACGCGCCGCCAUGGGGUAUGUACAGCACAGUCAGUCCCCCGCGCAGCACUGUCCGCCUGCGUGCCCGACGUGUGCGCGCCCAACGCCAACACGCAUCUGCUCACCGCCCGGGACUACUUCCGACACGCGCCGCCAUGGGAAUACAGUGGUGGUGGAGUUCUACAGUUAGACCUAGGUGACGGAGCCACGCAUACACCAAGACCUGGGUCUCGAGCUCAGCGGGCGGGCGGCGCUCACGGCAGCCGACAGCAACGGGAACACACGCCAGUGUUGCAGGCGAUGUCGUGUCUCCGAAGCCGCGCCGACGACGACGAGCUGAGAGCCGCCAUCGAACUAUCCGUUAUAAGAGCAUACUCGUCCUCCCGAGCCGGCGCCCCACCGCUAGCGGUGUCAGCAUCGCCCCCCCUGGCGCCGGCUGCUCCCCGAGCCCCCGCCCCCGCGGCCCGGGGCUCCGCCACGCUGCCGCAUGAGCGACGCACUGCUCAUGCUGCAGUGGCCGGUCUGCACGCGCCGCUGCAUCAGCCCAGUGGCAGCCGGAGCCGCGCCAGUGCGUCCCCGCAGCGCGAGCUGCACGCGCCCGCACACCACCUCGCGCUGAGUCGCCUCGGCAGCGAGCGCAGCGCCGGCCCCAGCCGCAGCCCCAGCCCACACAGCCCGCACUCGCGUCUAUACCGCCCCCACUACAGAGUGGAACCUUCAUACUCUGGCGCGAGCGCGUCCAGUCGCCACACGUACGCGUGAGACACGCCUGACACACAGCGGCUGGCUGGUCGGCGAGAGUGAUGCGCCGCUCAAUAUAGACCCUCCUCUCUGAGGCAUACUGAACUAUUGAAGUGUUACUUGGUACUAGGUGUGUGGUCAAAAUCAUAGAAAAAUUCAUUAAAAAUUGCCUGAAAGGAACGUUUUUAUUGCGACCAAAUGCCAUCAGAAGCUAAAGUAAAAAUAAAUUUAUGUAUAGUCCAACAAGUAAAAUCGUUUAGUGUCCUUUAAAAUGUGCUAUCUCUUAUCUGGCUACCUUUUUCCCAUAUUGAGGUCAACUUCCAGUCUAACCGGACCGCAAACGAAACUUUUCUAAGUUUACAUGUACUUUCUGAGUAUAUCUUGGACACCAAUGACUGAUUAAAGGUGAAGGAAAACAUCUUGAGGAAACCUGGACUUUAAAGAGUGAAAUCACCAACUUAUUUUUGGCUCAAUCCUUCUCAGUAUCAGAGAAGGCUUGGACUAGCUGAUGAUAAUGAUUAUAAAGGUACUUUCAAAUCUAUUAUUUUGACCGCACACUAUAUCGAUCGCAUUCUCGUCACCACUGCAGCGCUGUGUUCCAUAUCUCUAGACUCUAGAGACAGAGAGAGUCUCUGCUCCCCCCUCUCCCUCCCUACGUCCCCUCUCUCGUCCCAGUCCUAUGAUCUCAUCAUAUAAGUCAAAUAUACUUUAUGUAGUAUUUAACUUGAUUAGAAUUUACAGUGUGAAAAUUGCAGUUUUUUGGGAUUUUUUGAUCAAAUAAAGAAAGAAAAUAACUAUAUAUAAAAUAUUCGAGUUGAUAACCUUCUCUUUUCUGGAAAGUCGGUGAAAAAUUGUCUGGAAUUGCCAAAAAUGUUAGGCAUGCUAUACUCAAUUUGAGCAAAUAUACUUUAAAGGUAAACAAUCUUGAUACUUUUUAAACAAAUACAUAUUUCUUAAACAAAUAAACUGCUGCAGAAAAUAAUGAUUCAAUUGAUUAAGUUAAUAUUAUUAUUGUAUUUAUUUACAUUGGAGUUUAACCGUAUUUUAUUCAUAGACUGAGUUUUUAAAUAAAAAGUAAUGUCAAGAUAACAUUGGUCAUUCUAAUCAAGUUAAAUAAAACAGAGUAUGAUAUACUGUAUUAUAUAGACAACGUAAGUUCAUAUAAAUUGGUUAAAAUUAAGGGUAAGUUACACCAUUUAACUAUAACGAUAACCAAACCAUAACCAGCCGUAUACUUGCCGCCCAUUGGUCACAUCGACGAUUUGGCAACUGAAAAUGGUUCGGUUAUCAUCAUCCUCCGAGCCUUUUCCCAACUAUGUUGGUGUCGGCUUCCAGUCUAACCGGAUGCAGCUGAGUACCAGUGUGUCACAAGGAGCGACUGCCUAUCUGACCUCCUCAACCCAGUUACCCGGGCAACCCCCUUGGUUAGACUGGUGUCAGACUUACUGGCUUCUGACUACCCGUAACUACUGCCAAGGAUGUUCAAUGACAGCCGGGUUCAACAAUGGUUCGGUUAUCGUUAUAGUUAAAUGUUUUAACUCACUGUAAGAACUAUUGGUAAUUAAAUAUGGACUUUGGUAAAAGUAUUGCUUUAUAGUACUUGCGUUUGAAAGAGAUGACUGAUUUUUUUGCAGUUUUCAAUCAAAAGUUCAUGAAAUCAUCUCUACAAUUCGUGCCAAAUAUGUUUGCAAUUUUGAAGUUAGUUAUUUGACGCCUUACGCAUGCGCAAAAAGUGUUUUGUAACUUUUUUUUGAUUGUGGAUAGUGGGUAAAGCACCAACCUCUCAAAUACGUCAAGUAUGAGUGCAUGGGUUCGAUUCCAGGUCAGGCAAGUACCAAUGCAACUUUUCUAAGUUUGUAUGUACUUUCUAAGUAUAUCUUGGACACCAAUGACUGUGUUUCGGAAUUGCAAAAGGUUUUUGGUGUCAACUGUACUUGAAAUAUUGAAGUAAAAUAAAGCAAUACUUUUAUAUAAUUUGAGUCUUUCAAAUAUACACGAUGGUAUUUUAUUAACACAGGUAUAGAUGUUUUAUCUCUCGAAAGCGAAUGAGCUGAACUUAUCUUUGUUCCUACAUAUACAUAGUGUGUGUAUGAGUGCGGGACUCGGCCCCUACUGAGCGCGAGCGAGCGCACACAUACAAACACUAUGUGCAUGUACGUUUACACACUAGUAUGGCUCACCCGCUUUCGUGAAAUAAAACAUCUGAUAAAAGGUUGUAUAAUAAGAUAUCAUUCGUGUAUAUUAACGUCAAUAUAAUAAUAUAUCUGUAUAAUAUUAGUAUAUAGUCAAUGUUAUAUAUUCUGAUAAAUAUGUUAUGUUAACAUUUACAUUGAUGAUAACAGUGUUUAUUGCAAGUUUUCAAUCUGUCUAGCGUGCACCCAACUAUGUUGGUGUCGGCUUCCAGUCUAACCGCAUGCAGCUGAGUACCAGUGUGCCACAAGGAGCGACUGUCUAUCUGACCUCCUCAACCCAGUUACCCGGACAACCCAAUACCCCCUUUCUAAAGUGCUAACACUAAAUAAUGUGAAGUAUUAAAAUGAAAUGUUACAUAUUUUCCAUCUUAACUUGCAAUAAGCACUUAACAAGCUCUUUUCAUAUAACUUUACCGGUCUGAAGUCAGCAAUUUGUCGCCACAUUUAGGCCUGGUUUCAAUGAUUACCGAUAAAGUGGCAAUUAGUUAUCUGAUAGUUAAAGCUAUCUGCCAGAUAACGGCUGCUUAUAAUUUCUAUCUGAGACAUAAACCGAAAGUUAAAGUAGUAUUAAAGUCCUGAUAGGCUAUCAGAGACUUUAUCGGUAACUCUUGAAACUGGCUAUUAGACUACCGCCAACUUCAGGCCGGCACAGUUAUUUGAAAAACUGUAAAAGCUUAUAAGAACUGAAAAAUUGUGUAUUAUAUAGUAAGUAAGAGUAUGUGUGUUCGUCACACGCCACAAGACAAUCGAUAUUAUUAUAUGAAGUUAUAUGAACUUGUACAUAAUUAAAUAAUUAUUAUCGUAAGGUUAUUAAUACUCCUGGAUAUGACUGUUUUUUUAAUAAUUUAAAAUUUUAUUUCAAGAAUUUUAAUGUAACUGAUAUCUGUUAAGGAAAUAUGUGAAAAUAAUAUUUAUUUACUAUCUUCAGAUAAAUCAUGUUUUUUGCACUAUUUUGUUUCUUGGUCUCAAAUUAUGUAUUAUCUCAAUUUAAAUCAUGUUUUGUCGAGCGUUUUAAUAAAUAUGCAACUAUCACUGCCCAUGUUAAAGACACAAUUUUACCUUAUAUGGUACAACGAAUAAACUACGGUUGUCGUCAAAUAACUUUGCUUAUCCGAAGACAGUUGCUAGUGACUUAAAGACAUGUCAAAAUGUAUGAACAAAACUCGAUUGAUAUCAUCAAAUAAGUUUAUUGCUCUGAAAUCAAGCAUUUGAUACUUCUCACAUGUUCAACAAAAACACAUUUUGACAUUACACAGAAACUUGUUGCUAACUUCAGAACAGUAAAGUGGUUUGAAAAGAACUGUAAUAUGUAAUCUAUAUUUACAACUUUGUUCUGUUAUGACUUCAGUUAUAAAUAAACUCAAUACUAUGAUGAUAAAUCAUUGCAAUACAGUCUUUUGCACAUCGGUCACCCAUCCAUAACAGAUGUGCAUAACCUCGCAUCACAAGCAUUUAAUAUAUGCUGUUGUAACACUGCCAUUCAGUCUCAAAGGUUUUUUUUACUGUUUGAUAAUUUUUUUUCACAAUCACAACCUGGUUACUGCCAAUAUUAAUACAAAUGUGUAGCUAAAUAGAUGACCUGAUGGAGAAAUAUCAAUAAUAAGUUAUAGUUUAUCAUGCAUUUAUUUUUAGAGAUGCCAUAUAAUUAUGUCACAAUCUUAGUAAUGGAGCUGCCGAGGUCAGCAAUUGGAUGGGUGACCGUGUUCUUUCACUAACUUUUCUUCUUGUUUUGUCAGACUGACAUUUAACAUCAAUAUACGACUAUUCCUCUGAUAUACUUACGCCACUGAAGUAUAAUAAAUUCAUGUUUUUAAGACUUUGUUGAACAAUGUUUGUUUGUGAAUGUAAGCGACGCUCUGAGACGUGAGUUAGCGUUGUUGGACCAAUAACGUAUGUGUGUAGUGAGGAUCAGAUGUAUUACCACGUUGUGUUAGUCAGCAAUGGGCGUCUGUUUACGAUUAUAACACGGUAUAUGCUCUAUGUAUUUUGCACUGGUUCUGAUAAUGUUCUGAAUAAUGCAUUUCAAUGUUAAUUCUAACUUUAAAACCUUUUUUUUUUUAACAUACUUCGUAGUGAAUUAUGUCAGUUGAGUCGAAAGUUAAUGUCGUAUGUAUACGCCAGCGCUGUAUUAGGCUGCCCGCCCGCGUCCGAUAAUCAGUGACCGAUUUUUUUUAUAGGAGGGAAGAACACUGAUAGCGACAUAGAUUACAAAAAAGUUGGACAGAAAUGCCUGGUCAGAUCGUCCUACAAAAAUCGGCCCGAUUAUUUUUCCUACAAAAGGAAUGAUGUGGAAAAAUAGACUUUUCUACUAUGUAUGAAUAAAUUGAAGUUUCCCAGCGCGUCCUCAACAUUCACAAAUAAAACAUUUGUUAGUUUAAAGACGAUAUUAUUAUAAUUGUAAAAUAAAUAAUAAUGUGUGCGUUCGCGCAGCGGAAUGUUGUUGAAUUUAAAGAUUUUAAUUAUGCAGAUAAUUAGUGUAAGACGUCCUAUAAUUGUGUAUGGUAAAUAAAAAUUUGUGUAUGCAGCCAUUGUGGAGAAAUUCACCAAAAACAGAUUCCGCUGGGCGAACGUUGGCGAACGUUUUCCUGGCGGAACUUUUUUUAAUCCAUAGACUUUAGAAGAAAAGAGAUGUGUCCGAAAAUUAGUGUGUAUUUGUGUAUAAUUGAUUAUGUAUGAAUGAAAUCAGUGCAUGCAUAAACUUCGGAGAAAUUCAAGUUUCCGCUACGCGAACGUUUGGCCAUUAGCUAGUUUUCAUAUAAAGCGCUUACAUAGAGAACUGUAGAUUUUUACAUACGUUGUUUUGAAUUUGUUUAUAUUUGUUUAAAAAACAGAUUUAGAAAAAGUCGUAGGAUUUAAAAGAUAAAAAUAUAAACGUAAAAUACACUUAUUAGGACUUAGUGAUUAAAGUAUGCAGUUUGGGGUCUAGAUUUUCACGUUUACACAAACCUUGUAAGUGUCUCCAACAUGUUGCCAAGUAUCAAUGAUGUUCCGUUAGUAAUUAAAAAGUUAUAGGAUAUUUUACCAUGAACAGAUCACUGUUUACAAAGCAGUCGAAUAUCACGACGUUCUAAAGGAAUUGCAUGGUAAAAUGUAUGCCAAUAAUUAGUUUAAUCAUUCAACUAUUCACUUGCAAAAUUUCAUGUCAUUAAAUUCAGUAAUUAAAGAAAGACAAUUAUAAUACUGACUAGCAUCGAAACCCUACAU